AUGGGCAAGGCGGGCAAGUGGCUCAGGAGCUUCCUGCCGGGCAGGAGGGGCAGGGACAAGGCCGGGCCGCUCGCGCCGGCGGCGGAGCCCGACCUGGCGCUGGCGCUGCCGGUCCCGGGGGCGGCCACGACGACGCCGGCGUCCACGCCCGGCGCCAAGGAGAAGCGGAGGUGGAGCUUCCGGCGCCCGGCAGCGGCGGCGGCGUCGCCCGGGCCAGGGCCGGGGUCGGCGGCCAAGGACGCUGCAGCGCAGGGCCGCCUCCCGCCCUACGGCUUCCUGGAGCCAAGGGUGGACCCGGACCAGCACGCCGUCGCCGUCGCCAUUGCCACCGCCGCCGCGGCCGAGGCGGCCAUGGCGGCCAAGCAGGCCGCCGCGGCAGUCGUCAGGCUCUCCGCGUCCGCGCCGGGGUCUAAGCGCACCGUCAUUGGCAUCGAGGAGGCCGCCGCGAUCAAGAUCCAGGCCGUCUUCAGAUCCUACCUGGCGCUGGUGCGCGGCCACCUGGUGCGGCGCCAGGCCAGCCACACCCUGCGCUGCAUGCAGGCGCUCGUCGCCGCGCAGAACAGGGCGCGCGCCGCGCGCCUCCGGAUGCUCGAGGACGACAAGCCCGUCCGGACGCCGCGCACGACGCCGACCCGGCGCAGCUCGCCGCACCACCACCGGCUCCGGCACCACCAGGACGUGGCGGAGGAGAACGUCAAGAUCGUGGAGGUGGACACCGGCGCCGGCGGAGUCGAGGCGCACGGCACGCCGCGCACGUCGUCCCGACGCAGCAGCUGCUACGCGACGCCGCUGUGCCGCACGCCGUCCAAGAACGAGCUAUACCAGAAGAUCUCGCCGACGCCGUCCGCGCUCACCGACGCCAGCGCGCGCACGUACAGCGGCCGGUACAACGACUUCUCCUUCGCCACCGCGCGGGCCAGCCCGUACCUCUACGCGCCGUCGAGGCAGCAGCACGACGAGGGCGCGGCCGACCAACCGAUGUUCGUGCCCAGCUACAUGGCGAACACGGAGUCGUCGCGCGCCAAGGCGCGGUCCCAGAGCGCGCCGCGGCAGAGGCUGUCGGUGUCGUCGUCAUCCGCCGCAGCCGAGGCGGCCUGGCAGCCCAGCGGGCGGCGCAGGGCGUCGCUGGAGGCGCAGGAGCAGGCGACGCCCGGCGCUCGCGGGCUGGUGGCGCCCAGGUACGGCCCCGCGCGCGUGCAGCGGUGCCCGUCGCAGGCCAGCGCUCCCGCGGCGUGCCCCUGGGGCGCCAGGCUCGACCGGUGGAGCGCGUCGGCGCACGACAGCGAGUGCGGGUCCACGAGCACGGUCAUGACCGCCGCCACCACCACGUACUGCUGGUCACUGACCGCCGAUAACGCCGGCAUGGCUUAG